GAGACCUUGGGAACGAGGUUGGCGAAAGGGCACUGGGACUUAGUUGGAGACCGCAGUCAUUCGUGCAGCGGACUACCGUAUGAAUAUAAAAUGGCGGACAAUGAAACACGGGUAGUCCUCGAUAUUUCGAUAAAAAAGAGAUUGCUUCAACGAGUGAAGAACCCUGAAGACCUUGAGAGGAAUUUCCUGGGAUACCUUUAUGGUGAAAUACUGUCGGACAAAGUUCACAUAGUUGGAUGCGUGGCUUGUAGAAGUUCCCAUCCUUCGGCAAAGAAAGGUUAUCCAGCAAUUCCUGACUGGAAGAAUGAGAGAUCAGAAUUGUCUUGUCUUGUUCCAAAUGGGAUAAAUCUUUGUGGGAUUUAUUAUUCAUGUACCAAACCCACACCUCUCGAGGCCCAUGAGCUCAAAAAGGUCUUUGAUGGAUUAUGGACAAAUGACAUUUCCUUCAGGAGGACGUUAGUGGUCUUGCAACAUUGUUCUACCAGUGAAAGCGACAGCAAAAGAUGUUUUAUUUAUGAUAAGGAUUCUGGUACUGUAACACAGUGUGAAUACCAAGAAGCAGAUAUCAUUGGAGAAUUUCUGGAUCAAAGGAUUUCUUUUAGACUUCAAGCAAACAUUCCAAUAUGCAUAAGCAGGGGUCAAAAUGAUACUUCAGAAAUAACAAAUAAAAUAGAGAAAUCAUGCAAGGAAUUAGACAGCACAUCAACUGUCUUUCAUGUUAAAGACUGCAAGGUGUUACUUAAAAACCAGGACAUUAAAAGUGACAACUUGGAAAAUUGUGAAGCGCUCCUGGUAAAGAUUGAAUCUGAUCCAGGAAAGAUACAAAACCUUCAUGGAUCUGCAAAGAGCAAAGGAAAACAGAAAAGUGGAAAAGUUGUGUCCUCUGGAAAUGCAGCAAAGUUUAAGGAUGCACUAGAUGUAAGAUACCUGAGCCAACUCACAGAUGCUGUGAGUAAUCAUGAAACAUUUGUCCCAGUUUUUCAAUACAAAAAAGCUGUAUCAUCUCAAAUCAAGUUCACACUUGCAAUUGAUACAGUGUUGAAUGUAUCAAUGGACACUUCUUUAGCAAGCCUACCAAAGUUAUUUAUUUCUGCUAUGUGCAGUCAGCUAAGAAAAAUGGCCUCAGCUAUGACACAGUUCUCAAAGGAAGACUUGUUGACUGUUGUGAAAGUGUAUCACUUCAAGCUUCCUGGGUUUUGUCAUUUGGUGACCACUGUUUAUCCCACUGCUACAAGAGAUGGUGUAAUGAUAGAUGAUAAUGAGCUUGCAUCAUACCGGUUGGAACUGCACAAGCGACUUCUUCUACCAGAAAACAGACCUCUUAUGCGGCCCUCCAACAAAUACGUGUUUGAAAAUGAACGUCAACAAGAUAUCUACUUAACAAAUCCUCACACUGGACUAGUUGGAGGUGUUUGUGGCACUGUAGCAGUGGUGGAUGGAACAUACGGUUACCACCAUUACAUGCAGGAUAACUUUAAUGAUGAUGGCUGGGGUUGUGCAUACCGAUCACUUCAGACCAUUGCUUCCUGGUUCAGACACCAGGGUUACACAUCAAAACCUGUUCCAAGCCACAGAGAAAUUCAACAGGCACUUGUUGACCUCCAAGACAAAGGUGAAGAAUUUGUGGGCUCUCGGCAGUGGAUAGGCUCAUUUGAAGUCAGUAUGUGCUUGGAACAUCUUCUGGGAGUCACCUCAAAGAUUAUGUUUGUCAGCACAGGAGCAGAAAUGCGAGCCAAAGGACGGGACUUGUUACACCAUUUUCAAACUCAGGGAACUCCUAUUAUGAUUGGUGGUGGUGUUUUAGCGCACACCAUAUUGGGAGUAGAUUUUAAUGAUCAGACUGGUGAUAUAAGGUUUUUAAUUCUUGAUCCACAUUACACUGGUGGUGAGGAUCUCAAGGUUAUAUUAGACAAGGGGUGGUGUGGCUGGAAAGGGCCAGACUUCUGGAAUCAGCAAGUUCAUUACAACAUGUGUAUGCCUCAGAGACCAGAUAUGAUUUGAUGAUGAAAAAUAUUUAUAUUUCAUUUUAUGGCAAUUAUGCUAUUAAUUUGCCCUUCAAUAACAUUUUAAAAUGUGAAGGAAGAAAAGACAACAACAAAAUAAUUUUUAACACUAUGAAAAUUUAGUAAACUAGAAAAGCCAUCUCUAAAUAAAAGGAUCUUGAAGUAAAA